AUGACUGAGAGCGUUGCUCGGCGAAAGCACAAGCGGCCGCGACCGCAGACUUCAUGUGCGGUCUGCCAUCGCCGGAAGGUGAAGUGUAAUAACGAGUUGCCUUGUGGGCCAUGUAUAAGGCACGGCUGCCAGGAUGAGUGCCGAUUCGAUGGUAUACCAGCCAGAAAUGGGCAAAACGGAUCAGCAGGACUACAAUCAAGUGCCAUCUCAACCACUCCGAGUGACAGUGACCAGCAAGUAUCACCCGGUCAACAGCUCGAUGAGAAUGAUGUCGAAAGGCUGCCAUUCAACACACAACAACCAGCCCCACCGCAAUCAACCGAGAGGGACCGCUCGCUACAAUUAUUAGACGAGACGAGUCACAGCACUCAAACUCAGCCUUUCCACUCCAGACUUCCCACACACGAUUGGAUCCCGCAGCAGGGUCCCGUGCGUGGGCGAACCCACACGCUGUGGCUGUUGCGGACAUUCGACCCACUACUCGUGUAUAUGGGGAGAGACCGGCUCGGCGAAAAUCCCAUCAAUGAGGACAACACUUGGAUGAACAGGAACCGUGAGCAGGAGCCGCUUCCUCAGGCACAUCAGUUUGCUGGAUCAGUCUACGACAAACUGCCACCAUCAGAGACAUGCCACGAGCUUGUGGCGCGAUACUUUGACACCUUCGACACGGUCUAUUCAAUCAUCAACCGUAACAUCUUUGCUCCCUACUACAACAUCCUAUUCUCCGACCCCAAGGGUGUACCUAUCUGCUUCGUGAUCAAGGUGCUCGUCAUGAUGGCCAUUGCGAAUACUACUUAUCCACCUGAUGAGGCGCCAGUCUCCAAGUCAUCGAUAGCAGAGUGGAUGGAUUUGGCCUCGUCAGUACCACCCUCAGCACUGGAGGCGGGCGACUUCAUGCUUCAUACCGCCCACAUCUUCACCACAUUGAGUCUUGCAGAACAACUCCUCAAGCUCGAUGCAACGGCUGCUUACAUUCGCUCUGCCACAUACGUUCGGACCGCAAUGGUGCUGGAUCUCCAUCGGGUCGAAGUUGCAAGUGAGAAACGGCGCGUGUGGGAGGCAAUCAUGGACCUGGAUCUUCAUGCUUCGUUGGCGGCGGGCGUGAUGCCUGCGUCGCCGUUGCCAGCGGCACCUAAUCUUCAACCUUCCACGGUCACCUGCAUGUAUUCGAACGACAACUCGGAAGACCUUUCUGACGUCCUGCCACGAUCGCUACAUGUCCGACACAAGAUAGUGACUCUCCUGAACAGUGAGAAGCAUCUCCAGUUCGAGCAGAUAGUCGAGCUGAGUAGCGAACUCACAAAGGCCAUGGCACCUGUCUCGACCUCGGACAAUGUACCACAACAUCGAAAGACCUUCCUCUACCGCUACCUAUCCUUCACAUACGGACGCUUCCUAGCAGCACUCCACCGGCCAUUCUUCCUCCUCAGCGACCCAGCAUUCUACCUCUCCCGAACCAUGAUCACCCGCCUAGCGACGCAAUACAUGAAAGAAAUCAUCGCCGUCUACAACAAAAAAGCCGGCUCCGACCCCUUCGCCCACCUCCUCAUCGGGCACGGCAUCAUGUUCCGCAACGAACACCGCCAAGCCCAAAUGGCCAUCUGCUACGAAAUGCUGCGCAGCGGCGACGACACCGGCGAUCUCGACGUCCACGCCUUCCUGAACUCCCCCAGCGAAGGCAAAAGCGCCGUCAAGAACGUCUUUGGACAACUCCUCGGCAUCGCGGAACCCCGCGUGAAGAAGAAGGAGAUUCCCGAGAGUUCGUUCUUGAUCCCCGCCAUGGUUUAUGCGCAUAUCUGUGCGGUGGCCAGGUUCCCAAGGGACUCGGAGGGGUAUGCGGAGGCGAUGGCGCAUGCGGCGGUGGAGGCGGAGGCGUUUUGUCCCCCGUCGUCGAGGGAGCCUAAGCCUGUGGUGCCGGAGAAUGCGUUUUAG